AAGGAGAUGCUGCAGACCUACGCCCCCUCCGCCGCCCCCCUGGCCACCACCAACGGCCCCUGGGCGCGGGGGGAGGCGCUGCAGCUGGCCGCCGCUGCGGGUGCGGCGCUGGUGGGGCUGGGGGCGGUGCAGCUGCACCCCACCGGCUUCGUGGACCCGCGGGAGCCGGGGGCGGGGACAAAGUUCCUGGCCCCCGAGAAGCUGCGAGGGGUGGGCGGACUGCUGCUGGACGACCAGGGUCGGCGCUUCGUGGACGAGCUAGCUCGGCGGGACGCGGUGGUGUCCGCCCUCUCCGCGCUGCCCGACCGGAC